AUGUCUUGGUUGCCCCCCUCGAUUUCAGAGAUCGAGCCCUACCUCUUUAUUGGGAAUGUGUCUAGCUCUAUGAACCGGGACAUCCUUCGGGACAACGGCAUCACUGCAAUCAUCUCGCUCCUAGACGGCCCGUAUGCUAAAUGGAACUACCUAGAAAAUAAGAAACUCGUGCCUGAAGAACACCACCUGUUUGUCCCCUGCCUAGAUAGCUCUACAAUGGACAUCCUCGCCCUUAUGUCCGACAUCUGCGACUUUAUCGAUAGACAACUAGGCAACGCCGCCCCUGCUGAGCCAUUAUCAUCUAUCCCGUUAGAGCAACAUGUCCAAGAGGACCAUGCCAAUAAGCCCGUCAAAGAGCCAGUCCGCGCUGGUGGUGUGCUAGUCCAUUGCCAGCUCGGCAUAUCUCGUUCGUCAACCGUUGUCAUAGCCUACCUUAUGCGAAAGCGCCGUAGUGGGCUCGACUCGAUCUUCCGUAAACUGCGGGUCUGGGAGGCUGUCGAGUAUCAAGUGUGGAAGGACAAGGAGAAGAGGAUUCCCACAGAGCCGUAUCAAGUCUACCUUGACAGGCGAGCUGUGAGGCUCAAGGAAAAAGGUCUAACGGGCAAUGAGACCAUUCAAAUCACAAGUCUUUAA